AUGUCCGUAACUCUGCACACCACCAAGGGCGACAUCAAGCUCGAGCUCUUCUGCGAAUCCACCCCCAGGACCGCCGAAAACUUCCUCGCUCUCUGCGCCUCCUCCUUCUACAACGGCUCGCCCUUCCACCGUCUGAUCCCAAACUUCAUGGUGCAGGGCGGCAGCCCCGCGUCCGACCCAAAAUCCAAGUCCAGUACAUCCAUCUUCAACGACGGCGCUCUGUUCGAAGAUGAAUUCUCGCCCGCGCUGAGGCACAACGCACGAGGGACCUUGAGCAUGGCGAACAAGGGUCCGAAUAUGAACGGUAGCCAGUUCUUCAUCACGUUUGCGCCUGCGCCACAUCUGGACGGGAAGAACACGGUGUUUGGGAAGGUGUUGGAAGGGCAGGAGGUGUUGGAUGAGAUUGAGAAGGUGCCGGUGGACAAGAAGUCAAGGCCGCAGGAGAAGAUCGUGAUCGAGAAGGUUACGAUCCACGCGAAUCCUCUGGCUGGCUGA